AUGCAGCUUAUCAACGACAGCUAUCAUCUCACUGACGACCGAGAUACCCAGCUUGAUGCUGGCUAUCUCAUAGAUCAACUUGAUAGCAUGCGAGACAGUCUAGAAAGGCUUGCCAUCACGCAUGAAAUUACUGAUGACGACUCCGAUUUAGAAUGGCUGCUGGGAUUGUUGACGAACCAAAAGAGAUCAUUUAAACACUUCACCAACCUCAAGCAUCUCACCAUUCCACAGUUGUUCUUUUUCAACGAGGAGACGGAUCGUUGGCUGGAACACUGCUGCCAGCCGAGAGAUUUGCCACCAAAGCUCGAGACGUUGGAAAUCUUGUACCCUCAAUCAGACAUAGAAGACUGGGUACAGGUAGAGCGCUUCCAGCCCCCAGGAUAUCAAGACGAUCCGGCUUUAGGCUUUCAAGCCAAGCUGCCCUCGGCUUUGUGGAAGAUCACAUUGACGUGUCGCGACGAAGUUGGCUCAUCUGCAUCGUCCUUCACGAAGGACGUAGAGCCGAUCUGGGUGGUGCUGUCGUUUGAUCUCCUAAUUGAGACGUAUGUCUUCUGUCAGACCCAAGGAAACUGGUACAAUUUGAAAGACUUGCGCUACGAGCAAUUAGACAUGAACGAGGAGGAGACCGACAGCGAUAUGUCAGCGAUGUUAUUAGCGCAUUCUGGACCUCAGGUAGAAUCGACCGACAGCGAACUGGAAACGACUGAUAGUGGAGACUACGACGAAGAAUCGGACGAAGAGUCGGACGAAUAG